AUGGAUAAGUGCAAAAAGAAAUCUCUCCCUCGGGGAAUCGAACCCCGGUCUCCCGCGCUUAUCGGUAUUAAUGACAAGCGGAAAUCAUCACCACUAGACCAAGGAAGAUGCGAUGGUCGAGUUACUGCUCGGCCACUUGGCUGGUUGAUGGAAGAUGUGGCAUAUUGUGGCAUCAUAACUGAGGUGAAAGUUGACAUGCAUGGAUCUUUAUUCUGA